AUUACCUUUCAAACCGGAAGUGAAUAAUAAACACUAGUGGUUCAUCACGAAUCUCAGCGCUCUUAAACAUUAUUAGUUCAUUUUUAUAUAGUGUAUUUAAGUGGAGAGAGACUUCUAAAAAAAAAUACAAAAAGCUGGCUCCUCCACUGUCUGUCACGAUGCCCGCUAUACUGGAGAGACCAAAGCUGUCCAAUGCGAUGGCCAGAGCCCUGCACAAACACAUCAUGAUGGAGAGAGAGAGGAAAAAACAAGAAGAGGAAGAAGUGGAUAAAAUGAUGGAACAGAAAAUGAAAGAAGAAGAGGAAAGGAAACGAACUAAAGAAAUGGAGGAAAGAAUGUCUUUGGAAGAGACCAAAGAGCAGGUUCAAAAAAUGGGGGGGAAAUUGCAAGUUUUGCAAGAGGAGAAACAUCAGCUCUUCUUGCAGCUUAAAAAAGUCCUUCAUGAGGAGGAAAAGCGACGAAGAAAAGAGCAAAAUGACAUUACAACACUGCCUUCAUCAAGUUAUCAGUCCUCCUUACCUUUACAUUCAGGACAUCUGCUCAGCAUACAAGGCAGUCCAGUAAGUCACAGUAGAGCUGGUGCUCUUUUAGGGGACCGCAGUAAACAGUUGUUCCAGACACCUUUGAUUUCUGGCCAUCACUUCUCCCGCCAGCCAGGUUUUCCUCCUGGCCCCUCUGAGCAUGGCCAGUUCUCAGGAAGUUCUGCGGUCCAUGAGCCAUAUGCAGUCACCCAGGGCCAGCACCAUUCUUCUUACGGACCUACUGUUACUGUGCCCAUCAGCUUUGCAGGCACCACUCAGAUCAGAGGGGCAUCACCAUUCCAGAGCAUGCCAUUCUUGUCCCACCAGCCUCAGGGUUAUGCAGUCCAGAGCCAUUUCUCCUCCCAGCCAGGAUUCAUACCUAGUGCAAGUAUCUCCCUUCAGAAGCAGCUUGAACAUGCAAAUCAGCAGUCUGGCUUUACUGACUCAGCUUCUCUUAGACCCAUGCAUCCUCAGGCUUUACAUGUGAGUGCAGCUGGUCUGCUGCCCAACCCAUCCAUGGCUGUCCAGAUCUCUUCAGCAAAAAGUUCACCUCAGCCAGCAUCUCGACACACCUUCCUCACUCACGCUCAGGCUGGGCAGAGAUUCUACCACCAUGGCAAACCACAUUAACAACUAAAAGUAUGAUCACAAGGUGCCAGGUUACACAAAACUACUUGGAUGUCAUCUUAGAAGAGAUCAGAAAACAUUCUUUUAACAUUUAAAUGAUAAAUGUCCCAUGCAUCAAAUAUCUGUGGUUCAUUAACGAUAAAAAUAUUUUAUACGAUUCAAUCUAUAGGAGAGAUUAUCAAGUGCUUCUUUAUGAUGUUCUGUAUCUAAAACAGUUUUAUGUAUUUUACGUUACUAAGCCACUACAUAAAAAUGCUGUUGCACACAG